CGCGGGUCACGUGUGCCGGAGGCGGAGGCCCGGCCCGCCGCACCCGGAGCCGCCGCCAUGCCGCUGCCGCUUCCCGGCCGCCCCCGCCUCGGGCAGGCCCCGCUCCCGGCGCUGCUGCUGUUGCUGGCGGUGGUGGUGGGCCCGGCGAGGCCCAUCUCCUUCCAGCUACCGGGCAAGGCGCGGAAGUGCCUGCGAGAGGAGAUCCACCGCGACACGCUAGUCACGGGCGAGUACGAGAUCGGCGCCCCGCCGGGCUCCUCCACCGGACCUUCCGCCAACCUCAAGAUAACCGAUUCAGCUGGACACAUCCUGUAUGCCAAAGAGGAUGCCACUAAGGGCAAGUUUGCAUUCACCACUGAAGACUACGAUAUGUUUGAGGCCUGCUUUGAGAGCAAGCUUCCUGUGGGAACAGGGAGGAUGCCGGACCAGCUCGUGAUUCUGGAUAUGAAGCAUGGAGUUGAAGCAAAGAACUAUGAGGAGAUUGCUAAAGUAGAGAAGUUGAAGCCUCUGGAAGUAGAAUUGAGGCGCCUGGAAGAUCUUUCAGAGUCUAUCGUUAAUGACUUUGCUUAUAUGAAGAAACGAGAAGAGGAGAUGAGGGAUACAAAUGAGUCGACGAACACCCGGGUUCUGUACUUCAGCAUUUUCUCCAUGUGCUGUCUCAUUGGACUGGCCACCUGGCAAGUUUUCUACCUGCGCCGCUUCUUCAAGGCCAAGAAACUGAUUGAGUAAAGGAGCAAGUCCUCCUCCCCCUCCUCUCAAGACCCAGCUGGACACCGCUGGGACGCAGCUAUGGCCCCUGGAGCCAUAUCACAGAUGAUACCCACUGAUCGGAGCUUUUCUUCAGGAACUUGGACCCUAAAGGGGAGGGGAGCCUAAACAUUGGAGGCAGCGGGGGACUUGUGAAAUCCUGUUGGAUGUUGAGGGUGGGGGAGGUUGUGAUGGGUUUGGGUAUUCCUGGGGCAGCGAUUAAAUAAUAAAAAAACGAUGUUUCCAUGA